CAACCAAAUCCUCUCUUUUGAGUGUGGAAAUGAAAGUGAAAGCUGUUGAGUUUGAUCCCUGUGUCUGAAACAGGCACCAGACGACGACACCGGUUAAUCUACGAGGAGUUUUCCCAGACAAAGCCAAAGAAAAACAAGCAAACAAUCUGAAUUAAAGAUGGGUUCGACACAAAGCAAGCACUGGGUACUACUGGCUGCUGGUGCCAAAGGCUGGGAUGAUUAUAGACAUCAGGCUUGUGUCUGCCAUGCCUAUCAAGUGGCUCGCCGCAACGGCAUUCCAGAUGAGCAGAUUGUGGUUAUGAUGUAUGAUGAUAUAGCUUACAAUCAGGAAAACAGAUAUCAAGGACAGAUCAUCAAUGUGCCCAAUGGACCUAAUGUUUACCAAGGAGUUCCAAAAGACUACACUGGAGACGAUGUUUCAGCCAAAAACUUUCUGGCCAUCCUUCGUGGAGAUGAAGCAGGUGUUGAUAAACAGACCAGAGGACCAAAAAGGGUCUUAAAUAGUGGUCAAAAUGACACAGUUUUCGUCUAUCUGUCUGGCCAUGGAGGACCAGGACUGUUUGCCUUUCCUACGGAAGACCUUCAUGCAUUUGAUCUUGUUGACACUGUAAAGAAGAUGUCGACACGCCAACAGUUCUCGAAGAUGGUGAUUUAUGUAGAAAGCUGUUUUUCUGGAUCAAUGAUUCAUCAUCUCCCAAAAAAUGCACAAGUUUAUGGGGUGUCUGCUGCCACUCCUGAUGAGCCCUCCUAUGCCUGUUUCUUUGAUGAAGACAGAUGUACAUGUCUCUCUAAUGAAUUUUCUUCGCAAUGGUUGUUGCACCUCAAAAUGCAUGAUCUUAACUGCACAACCUUCCAGAAUCAGUUUGAUUAUUUGAAGACGAACGUCAGAUUAUCCACUCCUUGUCAAUAUGGCAACAAUGAGCUUAGUAGACUGUUCAUUAGCAACAUUUUGGGUUGUCCUGACUCCAGAACUCUGGCAGCAUCCAUUAGCAGAGCUGAAAGAGUCAGUCCUACUCACCUUACCCCAUCCCAUAAUGUUACACUGAUAAUUAAAGAGAACAGAAUUCGGAGAGAAAAGGACCUGGACAAAAAGAGAGCUCUGCAGAGAGAUUACCACAAGCUUCUGCAGACAAGAAGCAGGUUUGAAAAGGCUGUGAGCGACAUUGCUAAGCACUCAUGCCCCAGACGAGGCCCCAGGGCACUGUCAGAGAGACGUUCACUGACUCGACUGGAAGAUAUGAAAAAAGUUGCAGAGCAUUUCAGAUUGACCUUCAGUGAGUGGCACGAGGAGCAGGAUGAUUGCUGUGUUCUGCAGCAUAUGCAUAUUUUUGUAAGCCUCAUUGAGUCCGGAGUGGAUGUUGCCAGGAUCAAAGCAGCUAUAACUCAUGUGCGUCUGCAUUCCUGAACUGUGAUCAGUUUCUGCUUCACUGUAUGCUAGCAAACAUCAAUGAAUGUGAUGAUAAUGAUGACAGUGGUGAUCACAUGUUGCAGAUAUUACUUAAAUACUUUUGUCAGAAGUGAUAUUUUCAGAAUAGUUAACAUAUGGUAAAUGGUAAUAUAAUAACCAGAGGCUUGCUGGCCAAAUUUAAACACUUUCUUUACAAAAUGCUGUAACUCCUACAAAACAACAAGCAGGGGCAACAAAAGCAGCUCCUUCCAUCAAACAUUACAAUAAUGAAUAAUUUCUGUCAGCCAAUCACUAAAGACAAUCUACAGGUCUCAGUUUGAGCCUGUGUUGCCUUUAUUCAUUUUGUACAAAGUACAAAAUUCUCCUUUGAAAACUGUUCACACAGUUAACACAACACCACUCUGUUUCGACCAAAACAUGAAAUUAUUUUUUAAUGCUUGAAAACAGCAUGCUUUCAGUGAAAUCAAUUUCCAAAGCCUAAAAUUCUAAUAAAAAGUGUGUAAAAUAGAUUGUGUGCAUUUAGACAUAAUCAGAAACAUAAAACACAUUAAAAAUGCCCCCCUACUUUCAGUGGAACAGAUGCUCAGUGUAAAUGCUGCCUUUCUGUAGAGUGUUGACCUGUACCUGACCACAAGCAUUACAGUGCAUGAAUGAGU